CUUUUGAGCCCACUGUCAGGCCAGACAUCCAUUGGCAUCCUCAAUACACCUGGCGAGUGGAAUCGCUAUAGUAUGAAGUCUGAAGCCCAAGCUCAGCUUAUCCAGCAUAUCGAUUCUCAAUAUUAUGUUUCUCCGACUGAUCUUGAUGAAAUCGUUUUCAAGACGAUGAACAUCCUGAUCGCUCUGAUUAUCGCACUUUACCUGUUCGGCGUCUUCAAACAACUCGGUAAAUCGCGUAUCUGGGUGGCUAAAGUCGAUCCCAAAGGCUAUUGGCAGCCGAAUGUAAACGUUUUGCUGCCUAUCUUUGCCACUGCCCAUGGCACUGCAUUGACUGUUGCACUGGGUCUGAUGCAUCUCGAUUUUGGCGGACCUGUGCGCCCUUGGACAUUGUCAUUUGAAGCAGGCUCUUUCCUCCUUUUGCACUGUCUUAACUGGUCUAAGACAUGGGUUACCCUCUAUGCGAUGCCGUAUAACGCGGAAGGCCCCCAUUUGACGCAUUCCCGGACUGCGUUGUCGACACGCUUCGCCUCACCAAACCUUUUCAACUCCAUGGUUUUGCUCGGCUACGCAGCUCCGGUUCUGAUUGGAUUGCCCUUGAUGAUUUUCCAACAUCGAUCGAUUGAUCAAGCUCAUCACACCUAUCUGAGCUUGCUAGAAACGAUCGAUUCCCUCGGGAAUCAAAGUCCUGCCAAUACACCUCUAACUACCUGGCUUUUCAACCCGGCCGUGGCUCUGAAGAUCCAACUCCUCAAGAGCGGUGGUGAACGGACGCACCAUUAUGGCAAGCUGUUUGCCAUCAUGCUAAUAACUAUUCAUUCGAUCAGUGUGUUCUUUUUGCUCUGGGCAACACAAGCAAUUUUGAGAACUCUUUUCAAACAAGUUAAGAUUCACCGCCGUUGUAUUUUGAAUCGACGACAUGUCCUAGGAUUGGAGCUUUCGACGACCAAUUCUAAUGAAUCAAAUCCAGCCAAACGACCAGGUUUCGACAAAUUGGAGACCGCUAGUCUUGACUCCCGAGCUGAACAUUUCAUAGUUGAAUUCAAAUCAGCCAAUAAAAUGGAAUCUUCAAACAAAGGAAAUUCGUUCAAUUGGAUUGACUGGAAAUUUAUCACACCAUGUCUUAGGCGGGGAACUGAGGUGGGAGCAGAGCUCUGGAAAUCUGAUUUGAUCCGGCACUUGGAUGAGAAAGAUCAAGUCCUUCAAUCCAAUCUCGAAGCGCAGUAUUUGACAUUGAGACAAUACACUGCAAAUACGAUGUGGCAAGCACUGCUCAUCUGUAUGAUUUCGGGGUGCUACAUCACUCUUGGCUUUUCAUAUGUGUUUAAUUGGCAGAAUGCACCAAUUCGCACCACUUACCCUCAGCUUUGUCUUAAUCAGUUAAAAUAUGCUGGGAUGAUCUGGACCCUUGGAGGCUUUUUGUUGGCGACACUUACAGCUAUCGUUGCCUCAUCGGAAUUACCAAAAGACCCUUCCCAUCAAACUGAUGUACCGAAAACUCAAGAACGACCAGAGUCAUCGAGGUUCGAAAUGCAUCUUCAUACCGAAAGAACACUACCGUUUCGCAGUCACGCAUUUUAGUGAUUUGAAAAAUUACCGACCCGGAAAAAAUUGCAUCUUGUGCAUCUCACCCAUCCAACUCGAUGGAUUGAAUUGAGUUUCUUGAAGAAACAGAUGUUAAGAUUCCACUAUUGAUUUGAUUUGAACAGGUUUCUUGACUUGGGAGCUUACUACUUGAAUUUUGAUGCUUG